GAAGAACGUAGAAAAGUCUUGAGGCAUAUUUUUAUCACAUUUCUCUCGAAUUUCACCGUUUUACACCCUCAAUAUCUGUCUAGUCGCCAUCUCUGGGACUCCUUCCGGCUGGAGAAAGUGUCUCCUGCUGAGGAUUUCACCUAGUUGCAGUGGGAAAAUGCUGGAAAAUUGAAUAUCGCCCAGAAGGUGAAAAAGUUGCGAAUGCAAGAAAUGAGAGCUCUGCAUGGGAACAGUGAGUCCAAUAACAAUGGAAGCCGCCAAAUCCAGCUGCCGAAGACCGGGAAGACAAUGGAGGAGAUGGUGGGGGCGCAGGACACCAUCUAUCUCUGCAAUUUCCGCGUCUCCGUGGACGGGGAGUGGCUGUGCCUGAAGGAGCUGCAGGAUCUUGACAUUCAGGAUGGGAGUUCAGCGGCCGCGAAGGAGAACGGAGUUGUGUUUGUGUCCGGAGGGGGUGGUGGAGACUCCGGUGGCAAUAACUGCGUAAUUGGUCGGGACUCAUCAGGACGAUUCACAAAUUUCAAUGCUCGUGAUCCCGCGGCUAUCGAGAGGAGUAAUCUGGUGAACAUCUGCAAGUUGGUGGUGAAGGAGUUGCUGGAACAGUCACUGCGCUUCGGCCGGAUGCUGGAUUCGGAUCAUUUGCCGCUGCAGCACUUCUUCAUUGUGUUGGAGCAUGUGUUGAGGCAUGGAUUGCGACCGAAGAAAGGACUGCUGGGACCAAAGAAGGAGCUGUGGGACAUUCUGCAGAGUGUGGAGAAGUAUGCAGUUGAGGCUCAAGACAUUACGGCGAGUGUGAGAGAUUUGCCCACGGUGAGAACGCAGAUUGGUCGGGCGAGAGCGUGGCUUCGGCUGGCACUGAUGCAGAAGAAACUUGCCGAUUAUCUUCAAGCUCUGGUGGACAAUCGCGAUGAGGCAUUAGCUGAAUACUAUGAACCUCAUGCUCUUAUGAUGAGCGACGAGGUGAUCCUCAUCAUGGGCAUUCUCGUGGGGCUCAAUGUGAUUGACUGCAACUUGUGUGUGAAGGAGGAGGAUCUGGACUCUCAGCAAGGUGUAAUUGAUUUCUCCCUGUACCUUCGCUCAAGCACACGAACGAGUCCAGAGGAUGAGGUGCACACGAUUGUGGAGACGGGAAGUUCGGAACAUAUGACGGCGGUGCUUGACCAGAAGAACUACAUAGAGGAGCUCAAUCGACACCUGAAUGCAACUGUGGCAAAUCUGCAGGGGAAACUAGAAUCACUGACCACCACAAAUGCCCUGAUGAAGGAGGAUCUCGCUAUAGCUAGGAAUAGUUUGUUGUCUCUUCAAGCGGAAAAUCUCGCUUUGCGCCAAAGUGGUCACAAUCCAAAUGCAAAUGCUGGAGAGAACUUGAAUGUGCACGAUAGAAUUGAUCCGGAACUCGAGAGGGCGUUGGGUGAUGAGAAGAAGAAGAGGCAAGAAUUGGAGCGAGAAUUGGAGUUGCAAGUUUCCCUAAAGGCUGAGACGGAGAUGGCAAUGAAGUUGCUGGAGAAGGACAUUCAUGAGAAGCAGGACACGAUUGUAUCUUUGCGGAGACAAUUGGAGGACAUAAAGCAAAUCAAUCUGGAAAUGUACAAGAAGCUUCAGGAAUGCGAAUCAUCCCUUAAGCACAAAACUGAGUUGCUGUCGAAGCUUGAAGCCCAGAAAGAGGCCAUGGCAAGUGCUUUAACGCAAUUAGAGAGCAAAUACUCUUCAGAAACCACGAGCUUAGCUGUUCUGCAGGACACGUCGCAGACUCUGUCGAUUCAGAUGAUGGCUUGCGAGGAGCGAGCAGCUCGUGUGGAGGCGGACUUGAGGAUUGAGCGUGAGUGGAGGAAUUCUCUGCAGGAGAAGGAAGUGAAAUUGAAGGAGCAGAUUAAUGCACUCCAGCUGAAUGUGAAGGAGCUGCGAGACGACGCCCGGAAGCAUGAGAAGGUCGUGACGGAGCUGAAUACGCUGAAGAGGAAGUGGCAGGAGGCACAGUACACACUCGAGGAGCUGGGCAUGCAGCUGAGCGUGAGCAAGCUGCAGAUAUCGGAACUGAAGGAGAGACAGUCUAGCCACGAUAGCAGUCUCGCCGCCAGCACAACGGACAUCACGGGCAGCGGAGUGUGGACGCCGGAUAAGUUGAGCUCAAAGUGUCGCAGCUGCAGUCGUGAAUUCAGCAUCACGCGACGGAAGCAUCACUGCAGGAACUGUGGCGAGAUUUUCUGUCACAACUGCUCAGAGCAAAUGGCACCCUUGCCAAAUGCCCAGGGACAGUUGGGGAAGCCCGUGAGAGUGUGCGACGGGUGCUGGGAAGUCAUCAAUGCCACUCGUAAUUAAUACAUCGAUACUUCGUGGCCUUAACAUGCCUAUCAAAUGAUAUUACAGAUGAACUUAUAUUUUUCGAUCAAAAUUACGCUAAUCACACGAGACGAAUAUCGAUGGAUAACCCCAAGGAGAGUAAUUUGUACUGUGAAGAAUGCAGAUGAAAAGACAAAGAUGAGAAGACGGUUUUAUUGAAGGAAAAUAUGUGGUUUUUUGAAU